AUGCCACCGAUUCAUCCUCCACCUCACCCGCUUGAUCCUCCCGAAGAGGAGAUGGCAAGGAGACGAGCAGCCAUCAGUCGUAGGAUCCAAUUCCACCGCGAGAUGGCAAGGUUACACCCUCCGGCUGAACCUCCUAUCAACUUGGAUGACUUCAAAGAUUUCAUGAGAGGCUUAGGGGUUUUUAUAGCUGCUCCGAUCGUCAUUCCCAUGAGAUUGAUCCAUCAUGCUGUCACUUCCCCCUUGACAAUCUCAGUAGUCCUCAAGUUACUGUUGUUAGGAUUCCUCCUGGUCGCAUCGAGUAUAUUCUCUGUAUUGGCUGUAGGAGCGUUCUUCUGGUCUUGGAAGAUAGGUGGGAAUAUUGAGGUUGAGGGGUGGUUAUUUUAUGGAUCAAAGACACAUAGACCACCUCAUACCACCGUAUACUUCCCACUUGAAAACAUUGAACAAGAUCUUCGAUACGAUGUGCAAGUUGAGUUGGAAUUGGUCAGACCUACCAAAGGUACUACCGAUGAGAUGGGGAACUUCAUGCUUUCAUUGGAAUUAAGAGCAUUAGACCAACCUGAAAGAGCCCUAAUCACUGCUGCUCAACCUUCGUUACCCCCUCCACCAAUCUCAUCGACAUUCCUGUCCAUCCCUACCCUCCCCACAUCUUAUAUCCCAUGUAUACUUCCAUUCCCUUUCCGAUCAUUCUGUCCUUCCAGACUGUUGGGUUAUUCCGUACCAACACGUAAGAUCAGAGAAAGAAGAGCCAAGGGUGGUUUCUCAAGUAGAGAGAGGGGUAAGGACGUAGUACCCCUCAAGAAAGACCUGAUGGAAGGUGUUAUUCUGAAACCGGGAAAGAACACAGAGAUGGUGAUAGGCUCGGGAUUUGUCAGUAUUGGUCGAGAAGAUCUCUUUGAUGAGAGGCAAGACGGGGACGAGAAAUGUAAACCGCCUUCACGAGAAGUGAAAACUACGGGAUGGGUGUUGAUCAGACUUAUACCUCGACCAACCGGUAUAAGGUGGAUGCUCUCUUCUCAUCCUUUACCGCCCUUGUUACUCUUACCUCCUCUAUCGUUAUCGCUCACAUUCUCAUCCUCCAUCUUGGCUUUCACCAUCAUCACUUUCUUGCGUCACGGCAGUAGCAAUAACAAUGGCAAAAAGGAUAAGCAUAAUAAAACCUUGACGGAUGGUUCAGGAGAUGCCGAAGGGCCAUUUGAUGCUAAAGACAAAGAUGAAAGACGAGAGGGGGAGAGAAGGAAGAAGGAAUGGGAAGAGAUGCAAUCUUCCCUUGGAGGUGGGAUGGAAAGGAAGAAAAGUCCGAGCUCGGGAAGAGGAACGACUGUUGGUGGGUCCGAGACCACCUUUGCAUCUUCAUCUUCGUCGUCAUUCGGCCCUACCCUCAUGACACGCACGAUCUCCACCGCGUCCACCUCGCCCUCCACUUCAGACUCGGCAGAGACCGUCACUCCUACGAGAUUGAGGGAUAGGGGACAGGGUGUAAUGGGUAGUGGAGGAAGUAGCGGGAGUAGUGGAUCGGAAAAGAAUCUGAGAAGGAGAGGAAGUGGUAGUAGGAGAGGUUCAACUACAGGGACGGGUAUAACUUUGUCCGCGGGUGGAAGUGAGACUGAGAGAGCAGGAAAUGGGAAUCAAGCGGAGGUCGAGGACGAAGGGGAAGAAACUGAGAUGGAAAUGGGAGGUGAAAGUAGAAACAGGAGAGGGGAUGAAGAUUGGAGAGAGUUUGGUAGAGAGUUUGGAUUGGAUACUUAA